CACAAGACCAGAUUACGCCAAACAUCCACCCAGGCCGGGCCUUCAUUCACUGGGCCCGUCUUACUGCAGCCAAGAUCUGCCAUGUCUUGAAUAUCCAGGUGAAAAAUGGAGGGGAACGCCACGGUCUAUCCGUCGGUGGCGGGGUUCGACGUGCCCCGAAGCCCCGGCAACGACAGCGCGGCGGGUUGGAACGGCACGGACUGGGGGGAGGCCGCCGGCUCCUACAACUUCGUUGCCCUGCUCCCCAUCCUGGUCAUCGUGGAGAUCCUGACGGGGAACGCGCUCGUCGUCGUCGCCAUCUACAAGGGGAAGAACCUGAGGUCCACAACCAACUACUUCAUCGUCAACCUGGCGGUCACCGACGCGCUCAUGGCCGUGCUGGUCAUGCCUUUCGUCGUGUAUGUGGAGUUCAUCAAUGGCGUGUGGCAGUUGGGGUUCCUGAUGUGUGACGUGUUCGUGGCGCUGGACGUGAUGCUGUGUACGGCCUCCAUCUUUAACCUGGUCGCCAUCAGCAUUGACAGGUUUUAUGCCGUGACGUGGCCAGUGCGUUACUCUAAACACAAGUCCAACAAUAGGCUGGCCAUCACCAUCACGCUGGUGUGGACCUUGUCCUUCGGUAUCUCCGCACCGCUUCUGUUCGGGUCCAACUACCCUGCCACGGGGGAGAGGUCGCCUGAAAUGUGCGGCAUCUUCAACACGAACUACAUGAUCUACUCCUCCAUGUGCUCUUUCUUCAUACCCUGCACGGCCAUGCUGGUGCUGUACUACAAGAUUCUCAAGAAAAUCAAGGAGAGAUCGAAGAAAAUGGCCAAGAAAAUGCCGAAGUCUACUUCAGCCGGGAUGGUCUGUGAGGACACGGUGAUCGCACACACCACCACAAGCUCCGGGAUUGCCAUGAAGGAGAACGGCGCUUCCAAGAAGACGCUGAGCACCCCUGUGUUGGACGGGCACGCCGUCUCCGUGGUGGACGCCAACUCCCGCCCUUCGAGCGAGUCUGACAUCAGCGUUGCCAUGGCAGCGGAGACCAAUCAGAGCGACGAAGCCGUGAGGACGCCGAGAGGCACCAAGCUUCCCAAGACGCGAUUGGACGCGAUCAAGAGCAAACUGAAGGGGAAGGCCAAGGACGAAUUUCCCAACAGAAGGGAGCAGAAGGCCAUUAACGUCAUGAAAAUCGUCAUUGGAGUGUUCCUCAUCUGCUGGACGCCAUUUUUCGUCACCAAUGUCGUUCGCGCAUGCUCCACUUGCACUAUUCCCGACACCCUCUUCUCCAUCGUCACGUGGUUGGGGUACCUGAACAGCGGGAUGAACCCCAUCAUCUACACAAUCUUCAACGAGGAGUUUCGAAUCGCCUUUCGGAAACUACUGUGCAAAGGACAAGGACGAUAGACACGCCGUUAGAACGUUGUCACCAACUGUCGUCCUUGGUUUGGGUCUAAAGCCGCGUUGAGAAGCGCUUAGCCGCGGCAAAGUGGACGGACUCUGGCAAUAAACGCUCAGCAUUGGUAUUAAUGAAUGUGGCUUCAUGGAGAGAACACAGACAGUUUUAAGAAGUUGAGUUGAGAAGAAAGAAAAGGAGGUUUGUCAUAUUUGAAUGUACAGGUAAACAUAAACGUCAACGUACACUACCAUUACAAAACAGAACAGUCCUUCAACUGCAGAAGAUAGAAUUUAAUCAUCUUUGCUUUUCUGCAUUCCAUCGAUAUCAAUUGUAUCAUAUUGCACCUACUCUAGGGCUCUAUUUUUGAAUAAUAUAAAAUGAAUCAUUUUUAAUGUUGUGUGUAGACUACCAAUUAGAAAACACAGAUGAUUGUCCUUAAAAACCCUAACUAUAUUUUGUCUUAGAGUACAGGGUUAGCUAUAAUGUAUGAAUUUUGAAAGAGUAAAUUUAUAUCUUCUAAUCUACCUAUUAUAUAUUACUCCAGACAAGAGACAUGUAUCUAUAUCCAACGUGCCUGGUGCAAGCUUCCGCAGUUAUGUCUGUAAAGCUACAACAAGUAAAUCCAUGAAAUGACAUCUUCGGGUGCAUUGAUUUUCAUCUCAUUUCUACAGAGGAUGUCAUCCAGGAAAUUUACUUACUGUGGCCCGAUUCAAGGUGUCUUAAAAGCUGUAAUCAUGUUAUUCAUGACUUCUUAGGAAUAAUAGAAUUCUUCAUGAUUAUAGAGUAUCGUUAAUAGAAGGGUUUUUAUGACUUUUACAGAGGUCGGUACCCAAGGCACACUGAUCAUAUUGUAUACAUUCAGAUUUUUGCACUAAACAUUUUAGCGCGCUAAUGCUAUGAUACUUUCGUUUAUUAGGUAAUAGUACACAUGGUAAACUUGCUUUUUUGUAAUGUAAUGCCACCAUCAUUUAUUGUUUUUUAUUUAUUUAUUGCUUUUGCUUCUAAUUGUUAUUCAGUGACUAUCACAGAUAUUAUCUCAGUAUGAUGAUAAUAUAAUUAGCACAAUCAUGAAUUAUACAUAAUUCUAUCAAUUUCUAUGUAUUAUACACAGGUCUUGGUCUUGGCAAAUUUUUGAUGAUGAUUGUUGUACACAGGAUUGGUUUUGCUUGCAUGGGUUGCGAUUGUCAUACUUAUAUAUAGAUUUCUAUCGAUAUACUGACACUGACUUCUGUUGUUUUA